AUGUCAAUGGAUCCGUGUUAUCGCAUAUUACUUGAAAAAUUUGUACAUUUACUUAAGGAUGCCAAUUAUCCCAUAGAUAAAAUCAAAGGAAGUCGAACACCUGUUUUUAUUGGUCAAUUUACGAAUGAUCAUUUAAUCACAUUUCAUCGUUCGAAAGUUGAAAAUGAAACAAAUUUAUUAGGACCAAAUUUAGGACUAUACAAUUAG